AUUAUAUCUCAAAAUUGCCAAUCCUUUUCUUCUUCUCAGAAACUGUGGCAAUUUCUUUCUUUAUUGUUUACACACAAGUCCAUUAAUUUUAAGCCCUCCUCUUUUAUGUUUAUUAAUUAAAUCCGGACGACAGAAAAGCAAGAAACUAUUUAUAUAGUUGCAAGCAUGACUGUUUCAGCUUCUAUCCCCACAGCGAAGAGUCGAGUACUCAUAGCCGGAGCAACUGGUUUUAUCGGUCAAUUCGUGGCCAAAGCUAGCCUAGACGCCGGUCGACCAACCUAUGUUCUUGUCCGCCCUGGCCUUGCUGGCUGCCCUUCCAAGUCCAGAGUUCUCAAAUCUCUUCAUGACAAAGGAGCCAUAAUUUUACAUGGGUUGAUUACUGACAGGGAAAACACGGAGAAAAUACUUAAAGAUCACGAGAUUGACAUUGUAAUAUCAGCAGUUGGGGGUGCAAAUGUAUUAGACCAAGUUGCCCUGGUAGAGGCUAUCAAAGCUGUUGGAACCGUUAAGAGAUUUUUGCCAUCAGAGUUUGGGCAUGAUGUAGUGAGGGCUGAUCCUGUAGAGCCAGGGAUGCAGAUGUACAAUGACAAGCGUGUAAUCAGACGGCUGAUUGAGGAGUAUAGGAUACCCUACAACUAUAUUUGUUGCAAUUCAAUUGCUUCUUGGCCUUACUACGACAACAAGCACCCUGCUGACGUUCUGCCUCCUUUGGAUCACUUCAAAAUAUACGGUGAUGGCACCGUUAGGGCUUACUUUGUUGCUGGCACUGACAUUGGGAAAUUUACAAUGAAAAUUGUGGAUGAUGUGAGAGCUAUCAACAAAUCAGUUCAUUUUCGACCAUCCAGCAAUUUCUAUAACAUGAAUGAGCUUGCAUCUCUGUGGGAAAAGAAAAUCGGAAGAACCCUCCCUAGAGUUACAGUCACUGAAGAAGACCUACUUGCUAUUGCUGCAGAGAAUAACAUACCAGAAAGCAUAGUUGCAUCAUUCACACAUGAUAUAUUCAUCAAGGGUUGUCAGUCUAAUUUUUCAAUCAAUGGCCCUGAUGAUGUGGAAGUUGGCACUCUAUAUCCCGAUGAAGCUUUUCGUACCUUGGAUGAAUGUUUCGAUGAUUUUGCUCUCGAGUUGAAGGACAAUAAUAAGGAUCUAGGCAGUAACGGAAAUGCUACUCCAAAUCAUGUGGUCGAGUCACUGGCUCUAUCAGCACCCUGUGGUUUGUUGGUGUGACAAAAAAUAAUCAUGGCCUCUCUUUUUCUUGGACGACAAGUGCUUGAAUAAUGUUGCUAGGCAACACCAUUUGCUUGUACGAUUUACUUGGAUUCCCAUGAUUUGUUGAAACAGUAAUGGAUUUUUAUUUAUAUUCA